AUGAAACAUUUGAUAUUGGUUUUGCUUCUUUUAAGUGGGGUGUUGAUUGGGAAAGAGAUCAAUGUUGGGAGUGACUACGAAUGUGAAUGCUUACAACUGAUGGUGCAGGAUGACUGCAUAAAAUAAGGUUGUCAGUGGAAGGAUGGAGUAUGCCAAGUGAAGUUAAAAUAGGAGAUAAUAUAUGAAGGAGAUAGUGAAACAUUUUGUUCUCAAUUUAAUUAGCAGAAUUGUAGUAGUUAAUCAGGAUGUGCAUUUUUGGUUGACAAAUGUGUUGAGUUUAGUGCAUGUAAUGUAUAUCUACAGAUUACAAAUGAAUUAUGCUAAGCAAUAUCUCGAAAGUGUAUAACAGACGGAGAGAAAUGUGUGGAAAUAGGACAGUGUUCUGAUUACAAGACAGCUUUAUCAUGUGGAUAAGAUACAGAAGGGAACUAUUGUUAUUGGGAGAAUGAGAUUUGUUAAAAGAGUUUGGAAUGCGGAUAAUUGCCAAAAUCAUUGAAAAGUGAUGCUGAAUGCAGAGAAGUGAAUAGUGAUUGUACAGUGUCAUCUUAAGGUGGAUGUUAAUUGAGUGGAUGGGCUUGUUCAAAUCAGGAAGGUGAAUAACAGUGCGUUUGGGAUAGAUUCAUGCAGGUGAAAUGUAAUUGGAAUGGUGUGUCUUGUGCCAACAGAUCAUGUUAAUCUGCUCCCAUCAGUAUAAAGAAUAAUGAGGACUGCAAUUCUUAUUUAUAAGGAUGUAUCUUAACAAGCGGUGGAGGGUGUGUUGAACUUGGAAAUUGUGUGGAUAUCACAACUAGUGAAGCUUGUAAUGUUGAUAAGAAUGGCAAAUAGUGUUAUUGGAAGGAUUCAUAAUGUGUUGAGAAAGUUUGUAACAAUGCAUCUGAAUUAUUAAGAACAUUCGAGGAAUGCUAACAAUUCUUAAGUGGUUGUGUACCUAAUUUGAAUGGUGGUUGUCAUACUUAUAGUAGAUGUGAAGAUUUUAUUGAUGAAACUAGUUGUUAGAGUGGAUUGUUGAAUUGUUCUUGGAAUGUUAAAUCUUGUGUUUAAUAUAGUUGUGGCAAUGCAGACAUAAGUUAUAACACUCAUUAGAAAUGUUCAGAAUACAAGUCGGAUUGCACAGUUAAUGCAUCUAAAAAUGGUUGUGUGGAUAGAACCUGCGAUAAUGCUCCAAAAGAAUUAAAUACUAAUUAUGAUUGUGAAUAAUAUAAAUCUGGUUGUAUCACUAAAUUAAAUGGGGGAUGUGUUCAAAAUCAGGAGUGCAUCAAUAUUAAAUUAAAGGAAGCUUGCUUAUUAGAUUAAUAAGGAAGAGAAUGCUUCUGGUAUCAAGAUCAAUGCAGAUUAAAAACAUGUAGCAAUGCACCUAUUGUGUAUAACACACAUGAGUAAUGUCAAACUUAUUCUAAAUUGUGUACUGUAAAGAGGACUUUAAUUGGGUGCAUUGAUAUGACAUGUGAUGUUAUAUUCUAGAAGGAGAACUGCAUGUCAGAUUCAUUAGGCAAUAAUUGUUUUUGGACUGGGUUGUGUUUCGAUAAGACAUGUGAAAAUGCUCCAGUGAAUAACAAUUUUGUUACUGAUGCUUAAUGUAAGGCAUACCUAAGUAAAUGUACAGUCAGAAAUACUGGUAUGGGAUGUAUGAAUAGGCCAUAUUAAUGUAGUGAGAUGAAGAUACCAGAAUAAUGUGUCACCAACUCUUAUAAUGUUGCUUGUGAAUGGUAUGGAGAUUCAUGCAGGAAAAAGGAAUGUUAUACGGCUCCCAGUUAACUGAUAACAUACGAGGACUGUAACUCAUAUCUAAAUGGAUGUACUACAACUGGAAGUGGUUGUCAACCAUUAAACACUUGUGAUCAAUAUCUAAACUCAAAUAGUUGUAGAUUUGAUAUCAACAAAAAUAUUUGUCAAUGGAACAAUGGAGCAUGUGCUAAUAAGAGUUGUUAAACUGCUGACAAUACACAUACUAAUAAUGAUUAAUGUAAUACAUAUCUCACAGGUUGUAUUGUUAAUAAUGCUGGAACUGGUUGCAUUCCAAAACCAACAAAUUGUUCAUAAAUGACCACUGUCACUUAAUGUACUGCUACUUCUACAAAUGCAGCUGGUGGUCCUUGUGCUUGGAUUGGAACAUGUGUUGAUAGAACUUGUAGUAAUGCUCCUGCAAGUACAGAUUAUAACACAUUUACAAAAUGCAAUAAUUUUUUGAAUACUUGUACUGUUGUUGCUACAGGGACAGGAGGAUGUAUGACUAUGUAAACGAGUUGCAGUGCUUACACAUCUCAAAGAUAAUGUGAAUAGAUAUUGAAUGGAAAUAAGUGCUCGUGGUAUUUAACAUCAUGUUUAGACAGAUAGUGUAUCUAUUCACCAGAUACAGCCAGUUAUGAUGAUAGAAAUGAAUGUCAUGGUUAUGAUAAUAGAUGCAAUGUAGUCCGUAGAAUCGGGGGUAAUGGUUGUACCAUCAGAAAAGCAACUUGCAAUGAACUAUCAUAAUAUCAAUGUGUGAAGGAUAGUGCUGAUACUAUCUGCACUUGGAACACAACUGCUGAUCCUCCUUACUGUUUAAAUAGAACUUGCAGUUUGACUAUUGGAAUUACUAACUUUACUCCUGUAAAUUGUGCUAAUUGGUUGUCUACUUGUGUUGUGAAUAAUGUAGCUGUGCCUACUGGUUGUAUGGCAUUACAACCGUUCUGUUCCUACUACUCAUUUUCAGCUAAUUGCACAUAUACAUCUUCAAAUGUCUAAUGCUAUUGGAAUGGAUCUAAUUGUGUAAACAGGACAUGCACAACCACUCAAGGAAUCACAGAAUUCAACCAUUCAUCUUGUUAUGCCUGGAUGACUUCAUGUACAGUUAAUAAGCCAACAACUUGUGCAGAUAAAACUACUAAUUGUUCUGAUGCUUUGAAUUACGAUCAGUGUUACAAGAAUAUAUCUGAUCAAUUAUGUGCCUGGGUGGGUACUUCAUGUGUAGACAGAACAUGUAAUAAUCAUGGAUAUGCUGUCACUGUAUUUAAUGACACGAAUUGUUCAGGAUGGAUGCCAGGAUGUUCUGGCAAUCCUGAUCAAACUGCCUGUGAGAUUACAAGAACAUGUACCAAUCAUGGUUCAAAUGUGACUACAUUUACUCAUAGUAAUUGUUCUGGUUGGUCUCCACUUUGUACCGUGAAUUCUGCUAAUAAUGCGUGCAUUGAUAGAACUUGCAAGAAUUAUGAAUCCAAUGUUACUGAUUUCACUGAUGCCAAUUGUAGUGAUUGGUUAUUCAAAUGUCGUUCAAAUGAUGAUCAUACUGCUUGUGUUACGAGUAGAACCUGUACUAAUUAUGGCUCAGCAAUAACAGUAUUCAAUCACAAUAAUUGUAAUGCAUGGUGGGAUGAAUGUACUGUAUCAGGUUCUAAUUGUACUUAAAAGACUUGUUACAAUCAUUCAAUAACAGACUUUAAUUAUACAAAUUGCAACAAUUGGUACUACCUUUGUACUGUGUCUGCCGAUUCAUUAAGUUGUUAACCUAAGACAUGUGCUAAUGCCAAAUUAGUAUCAUACACUUCAAAUACUUGUUAUUAGUGGUUAAACACUUGCACAGUUAAUUCAGAUAAUACAGGAUGUAUUUCCAAAAGAACGUGUGCGUUGACUGAUUUAACUACAUUUAAUUAUACAAAUUGUGUUGGUUGGUUUAACUAAUGUACUUACACAACAGCUGGAUAGUGUAAUGACAAGACAUGCACGAAUCAUAGUUCCUAUGUGAGUAUUGUAUCUCAUGUAAAUUGUGAAGCUUGGUUAUAGAGAUGCACAUACGUAUCAGGCUCAUAUUGUUCCGAUAAGACUUGUUAUAAUUAUAAUGACUUUGUCACCACAUUAGACCAUGCCAGUUGCAAUAAUUGGUUGGGCAUGUGUACAUCAAAUGGCAAAACUUGUGAACCCAAGACCUGUACCAAUCAUGGAAGCAAUGUGACAGUAUUCAACUACGCCAAUUGCAGUUCAUGGUUGAGUUAUUGUUAAGUAAAUGUAAGUGGUACAGCAUGUGAGAAUACCAGAGGAUGUUCACCUUAAUUGGCUACAUUCAGUCAUAUCACAUGUGAGAGUUACAAUUAUCAAUGCACUAAUAAUGGUUCAUCAGCAUGCAAACUGAAAUCUUGUACUGACCUUUAACUUUCUACCUUCACUCAUGAAUUUUGUUAAGCAUAUUUAUCAGAUUGCACAGUCAAAUCCCAAUUCAAUGGAUGUGAACAAAAAAGUUGUUACAAUCACAGCAUUUAGGUUAGUUAAUUGAGUCAUACAAAUUGUUAGAAUUGGUUAUCUAAUUGCACUUAUACAGGAUCCACUAGAACUUGCACUCCUAAAUCCUGUACAAAUCAUGGGUCUAAUGUAACAGUAUUCAACAAUGUAAACUGUCAAGCUUGGUGGAGUGCUUGCAUUGCUAACACUUCUGGAACUGCUUGUAUCAAUAUCCGUACUUGUUCUAAUUCUUCAUUGACUACUUACACUCAUCAAUAUUGUGAGAAUUGGUUGUCCUCAUGCACUUAAUUAAAUUCAACAAAUUGUUAAGAUAAAACAUGUACCUUGGCUGCAUCCUAUUUGAUAGCCUUUGAUCCUAUUACUUGUGAACUUUGGAUGAAUACAUGCACAAGUAAUGUCGCUCAAAGUGGGUGCUUAAAUAAAACUUGUUAUAAUCAUGGAGAUUAAGUCACAACAUUCACCAAUGCCAAUUGCAGUGCUUGGUUGUCAUAUUGUGUUGCGAAUUCUACUAAUUCAGGUUGCAUAGACAAUAAAACAUGUACAAAUGCAGUAGUUAGUUCAAAUAAUCACACUAAUUGUAAUGCCUGGCUCUCCACUUGUACUGUUAACUCUACCUAUGAUGGUUGUAUUGAUAAGACUUGCUAUAAUUAUGGACAAAUAGUAACAAGUUUCACGCAUACUAAUUGUAAUAAUUGGCUGUCUUCCUGCACCAAUCUAUCGAAUACAGGGUGUCAAGAUAAAUCAUGUAGUAAUAUCACUCCUGCCACUUAUACUUCAGUCAGUUGUAAUACAUGGUUAUCUUAUUGUACAGGCAAUGACACUUAAACUGCUUGUAUAAGUACGAAAACAUGUACUAAUUAUGGAACCAAUAUUAAGGUAUUGAAUCACACUAAUUGCAAUAAUUGGCUCUCUUCUUGUACUAUUAAUAGUGCAGGCACUUCAUGUGAAGAUAAAACCUGUUCAAAUGCAUCUCCUACUUUAUUGUCAUUUGGACCAUAUAAUGAUUCAACUUGUAAUGCUUGGCUAUCCACUUGCACUGUCAAUUCAGCCUUAAAUGGUUGUAUUACUCGAACUUGUACUAAUAUGCCCUCUUACCUUACCAAGAACACUGCAAAUUGUUAGUCUUGGAGUACUUUAUGCACCUACAAUUCGUCAACUUUAUUGUGUGAAAGCAGAACCUGUACUAAUCAUGGAUCUUUCACCUUAAACGCAUCAAACUGUUCGGGUUGGCUUAGUACUUGCUCAUUCUAUUCGAAUAGUUCAGAUUGCGAAACUAUUCGAACUUGCUCAAAUUUUAUAGGUUCUGUAUCGCAUAAUAAUUGUGAAAAUUGGUUGUUUAAUUGUACUAGGAAGACUGAUAAUACAGGUUGUACAUAGAAAUUAUGUGAAAUGUACACUUCUAUUAUAGGGACUCCAUAUUCCCAAUCCAAUUGUGAUAACUUUCUCUCAACUUGUAAAUACGAUAGCAGUAAUAACAUCUGUGUUGAAAAGACUUGUACAAAUUUCUCGGGAACAGUCAAUCAAGCCAAUUGCGAGGCUUGGUCAACUAGAUGUACCAUCAAUAAUUCUUACAAUGGAUGUACAUAUAAGACUAGUUCAAAUGCCAUCACCUCUCUAAUAUAUACAGAGAGUAAUUGUAAGAAAUGGUCUGAAGGCUGGUCUUUGAAAUCUACGAAUGAUCAAUGUACAACUAAUUGUUAUAACAAUGGGCAACACUUUUCAGUUUAUAAUCAUGCAAACUGUGAAGCCUGGGAUCCUCAAUGCACUGUAAAUUCUAACAGUACAAAUUGCACUUUAAAAACUUGUGCCAAUUUCACAGGAACAAUCAAUUUCUCCAAUUGUUAAUCUUGGUUAUAUUCCUGCACUGCUAUGUAUGAUAAUUCCAAAUGUAUUGAUAAGACUUGCAAUAAUCACUAUCAAAAUAUCAAUGUUUGUGUUAGUGAUGCCAGAUGCGAUAGCUUCAAAUCUAAUUGUUAUUGUCAAUCAUGUUACAGUUGUAAAAUCAAAACUUGUUAAGAUUUCUCAGACACUACUCAAGCCAACUGUUCAAAUAGAUAUUCACAUUGUUUGCUUGGACAAUUAAAUUGUAUCACCCAUAGAACAUGCUCAAAUUAUGGAUCAAAUGUUACUACUUUCAACCACAUCAAUUGCGAAAAUUGGUUAUCUAGUUGCACAGUCAAUGAUGCAGGCACUGGUUGCACAGAAAAGACUUGCUAUAAUACGAGUAUUGCCACUGAACUUAAAAAUGAAUACUUCUCUCCAAGUUAAGUAACAGAUGUGUAGUGUGUAUCUUGGAACUAUUUGUGUACCAAUAAUGGUACUACUGGAUGCAAGAAUAGAACAUGCGCAGAUUCAAGUGCCUGGUCUAGCUGUUCAUCUUAUUUGAAUUCAUGCAAGCAAGUCCUCUAUUUCUCUUAUUGUGAUUAUAAGACUUGUGGGAGUGCCACUUCUUAUGGUAGUGUAACAUAAUGUCAGAAUUGGUUACCUCAAUGCACCAGGAGUUAAAGUCAGAGAGGCUGUCAUUCAUAAAGAACAUGCAGUGAUUAUGGAGACAAUAUCAAGAUAUUCAACCAUGUUAAUUGUGAACAAUGGAAUCCUUUGUGUACAGUCAAUGGAACAAACAAUGGAUGCACAUACAAAACAUGUUUCAAUCAUGGUAUGUCAACAACGACUACUGCAAAAUGUGGACAAUGGCUAACCAUUUGUAAAUCAAAUUCAACUGGAAAUGGAUGUGAACUCAAAACUUGUACCAAUUAUGGUAGUGCAAUUACAUAUUCAUUUAGUGGCUAUUGUCCAUAUUGGAUAGGCAAUCAAUGUACCUAUAAUACAGUCACAAAUGCUGCUUGUGUGCCUUAAAGAACAUGUUUAUAAAGUUAUAAUGGAUACAAUAUUAGAUAUGAUUAAUACUAUUGUCUAGAUUGGCUCACUACAUGUACACCCAAUACCUCCUAAACUGGUUGUAUAGACAAGACUUGUACAAAUCAUGGAUCCUAAGUUACAACAUUUACUCACACAAACUGUUACAAUUGGUAUGACAUUUGCACUAACGAUGGUUCAACAGCUUGCAAAUAUAAAACUUGUCAAAAUCAUGGUGCAAAUGUGAGUACUCUAAAUCAUACAAAUUGUUAAUCUUGGUUGCUAUCAUGUACAUUUUAAAUAGGAGAAAGCACUUGCAAUUAUAAGACAUGCACAAACUAUUAAUCUAUGGGAUUAUCAUCAACCAGCUGUUAUAAUUGGAAUAAUCAAUGCACUUACAUAACCUAUGAUUGUGAAUAUAAGACAUGCGACAAUUACUCAGGAUCUGUCAAUGAAUCUUAAUGUAGAGGUUGGUUACCCUAUUGCACUCCAAAUUACUCAGCUACGAAAUGUAUAAGUACAAGAUCUUGUAGCAAUUAUGGCAAUCAGGUUACAUCAUUUAAUCUCCAAACUUGUUAAAAUUGGUUGCCCUAUUGCACUGUGAAUACUACAAAUGAUGGGUGCAUGGAUAAGACAUGUGACAACUAUGGAUCAUAAUUGAGUACUUUUACUUAUAUCACUUGUUCUGGAUGGCUACCUACUUGUACUAAUAAUUCAACUACAAAAUGUGAAAUGAAACAUUGUACAAAUUAUCCUUCUGGCUUUACUGUCAACAGUUCAAACUGCAGUAGUUGGUUUAGUUAUUGUAAAUUAGCACCAACAGGUACUAAUUGCGAAUAUAAGACUUGUAGUAAUCAUGGGUUAAGUACUUUCAAUCAUACAAACUGUUCGAACUGGUUAUAUUAUUGUACUGUAUCUGAUGAUGGUACAUCUUGUGUAACAAGUAGAACAUGCACUAAUCAUGGAAGUUAAGUGACUGUAUUCAAUCACGGUAAUUGUUAAUUCUGGUUGUCUACAUGUACAGUCAAUUCAGGAUUAACAGCAUGUUAAUCAAAAACAUGUACUAAUCAUGGAUCGUUUGUUACAACAUUUAAUCAUAAUAAUUGUUAAAAUUGGAACUUUGAUUGUACUGUGAAUACAGGUAAUACUGCAUGUACUGCUAAGACUUGUGCUAAUGCAACUGGAUUCUCAUUUAAUCAUACAAAUUGUCAGAAUUGGUUAUCAAUAUGCACUGUAAAUUCAGGGUAUACUGCAUGCAUCAAUAAAACUUGUUCAAACACAACUGGUAUCAGCACUUGGACUCACAAUAAUUGUGAAAAAUGGUUACCUCAAUGUUAAUUAAAUAAACCAACAACUUGCAAAACAUUAUAAUCAAAUUGUAGUAAUGCAGGAGUGUCAUAUAAUCAAUGUGUAAUAGACAGUGGUAAUUAUGAAUGCGCUUGGUAUAAUGGCACUUGUUUGAGAAGGACUUGUAGUAAUUACACAGGAACAACAUUCACACAUUCUGAUUGUGAGAAUUGGUUAGAAACCUGCACUGUUUAGGCAGGAGCAUCACCAACAAAUUGUGUAAAUAAACCCACAAAUUGUCCAGAUUUAGGAGUGACUUAGGAUCAAUGUGUAACUAAUAUUAGUUUAGUGAAUUGUGUAUGGUUAUCAGGAUAAUGCCAGAAUCGAACAUGUGUUAAUUACACAGGUGUAACAUUCACACAUUCUGAUUGCGAGACUUGGCUAUCAACAUGUACAGUAGAUGGAUUAAAUGUACACGCUGGUUGUGUCACUAAGCCAUAGAAAUGUUCCAUGAUUUUGAAUUAAGAUUAAUGUAUCAAGAGUUUAGAUAAUACUGUUUGUUUUUGGACUGGUACUUAAUGUAAAGAUAGAGUUUGUGAAGAUGCAACUUAGAAUACGUCAUUUGAUGAUGAUACUGAAUGCAAGACAUUCUUAUCAGCAUGUACAGUAGCUAGAAUAGGGGAAUGCAUCACAAAGGCUACUAAUUGUUCUGAUUAUCUAUAAGAGUCCCAUUGUUUCAAGAAUGUUUCUCAGGGAAUAUGUUUUUGGAAUGUCGACAUCGGCAAAUGUGCUGAUAUUAAAUGUUCCAAUGCUCCUACUAGUUAUACAACCCAUACUUAAUGCAAUGGAUUUUUAAGUACUUGCACUGCCAAGUUAGGAGGAGGAUGUAUGACAUUGAAUGGAUGUCUAAACUAUUCAGCAGAAUUGUCUUGUGUUAUUGGUUCGAAUGGUGAUACAUGUGCAUGGAGUGGUGGAAGAUGUUAUGUUAAGUCUUGUUACACUGCAGCAUAUGAUAGUACAAGGGAUACUCAUGUAGAAUGUCAAGAUUAUCUGAGUGAUUGCACUGUCAUACAUUCAGGUAUUGGUGGUUGUGUUCCAUUGUAAGAUUGUACAACCUACAUCAGUGAACGACAAUGUGUCAUCAACAAUUUGCAUCUGCCAUGUGGUUGGGAUGGAUCUAAAUGUAUGAACAAAUCAUGUCAGACUGCUCCUAAGUCCUAUACUUAACAUGAUGAAUGUCAAUCUUAUCUUAAUGAAUGUACGACAGUUGCUAUUGGAAAUGGUUGUCAAUUCUAAAGUACUUAUUGUGAGUAAUAUCAAACUGAGAAGCAGUGUGUUAUCACUAUUACCAAUCAAUCUUGCUAUUGGAAUCCAAAAACUAGUUCAUGCGAAGUUAGAUCUUGUUAAAAUGCUCCUGAUACUGCUGUAACUGCGCAAUUAUGUGAGCAACAUUAUCCAUUCUGUUAUACUGACUAUGUCUAUUGUAGACUCUAAAGGUGUAGUGAUUUGAUGUACAAAACCAAUGAUGAAUGCAAGAAAUAUAAUUCCAAUUGCACAUCUGAUGGACAAUCUUGUAUUGAUCGUAAACUAUGUUCUGAUGCCCGUGUUCAAGAGGCAUGUAAUACAGAUGCCAAUGGUAUUGAAUGUUAAUGGGUUACCUAAAGUACCUAUUGCACCAAUAAGUCUUGUAGCACCUCGCCAGAUUACAAUACUACUGAAAGGGAUUGCUAGCAAUAUUAUCCUAAAGGCAAUUGCACUACAAGAUUGGGAGGAGGCUGCAUUCCGAAAUCAUCUUGUGAAAAUGCUUAAUUGUAAGCAGCAUGUACAACAUCUGCUGAUAAUAAAUUGUGCAUUUGGGAUUCUUUUAAAUGCAGAGAAUAAAUUUGUGAUGACAUUCCUGGAACAUCUGAGUAAGAAUGUGCUCUCUAGAAUUGUGCCUUUUAGAACUCAUCUAUAUAUGGUAUUAAGUGUACAACCAAGAAGAAAUGUUCAGAAUUCUUUAUAGAAGAUCUUUGCACCAAAGGUAUUGAUGGCAUUUGCAAAUGGUUUAAUAGCACUUGUUAUCUCUACACAGGUUGUAAUACUAUAUCAAGUCAAUAUGAUUAAGUUUGCAAAUCCUUAUCAAAAAAUUGUACAACUGAUGGCAACAAAUGCGUGGGAUUGAGUAAAUGUGCUGAUUACUCAAUAGCAGAAGCUUGUGUUGUUGGUUUAGAUGGGGAUUGCAUUUGGAGGUAAAAUUAGGGAAUUUGCAAGAGGUUCUUCUCCUGCUACGAUUUACCCUACUUGACCCACGAUGAAUGUUAUAACACAUCCUCGAAAUGUACCACAGACACAUAAAAUGGAUGUAUUCCAUUAUUAUUGUGCUCAUCCUAUAAAUUGAUGGGACAAUGCAAAAUAAGUUCAAAUGGAAAAAUGGUUACUUAAAACUCGAAUCAGUAAUUCAUAAUUCAAACUGGAGAUUGCGUUUGGGAUACAAAUACCAAUGAAUGUAGGGAUCAACAAUGUGAGGAAUUGGUUGGAGAAACACAUGAAGACUGCAGUGCUUAGUUGUAUGGUUGCACUUCUGAUUCUAUGAAAUGUGUCACCAUUAAAGCAUGCGAGGAUUAUGAAAAUGAACAGACUUGUCUAUAUGCUCAAAGUAGCAAUGGAAAAUGUGUUUAUUAAGACUAAGCCUGUAAAACCAUUUCAUGCAAUGAUAUACCUUAUGGUUACACUCAUGAAACCUGUCUGAAACAGAUGCCAAACUGCAUUUCAGAUGGCCAUGCUUGUGUAGCUAUUGAGGUUUGCGCUAAUUAUGAGAAUAAAUUUUCAUGCAAUUAUGGCGGUCUCGAUGGAACUUGUGCUUGGGAUGGUACUUAAUGUGUAAAGGUUCUGGAGUGCUCUGAUUGUGAUUAAGACAAAUUGAUAUGCUAAUAGUUUUCAGAGAAAUGCAAAUGGGUUGAAGAUCCUUAAGUUACAUCUGAGACUUAAUGCGUUCCUUUAGAAUGCCAAGAUCUCCUGGAGAGUGACUGUCAUAACAUUUAAAAUAUGUAUGCAACCACUCUAAAGCUAUGCACCUCGAAGGAUGGAAAAUGCAUUGAAACUGAUCCAGAAAUUUACAAUAUUUAAUCUUGUAGAAUAAACACCUCGAAUACUUUCUACUGGAAUACUACAACGUCGAAGUGCACUCAAUGUAGUAAUAGCAUCACUGUAGAAGAUGAUAUCAAAACAAAUCAUGGAACAAUGGUAAUGAUCAUAUUGGUUAUUUUAUUGUUCUGAAU